AUGGAGGAACUGAGGAAGCAGGCCAGUUUUCCGUCCAGUUUGCGGAAGAACGUGAGCGGUUUGCCGUGCUGGCCGCACUUCUCCUCGCCCUGCUCCACCUGGAAGCCCUUGAGGCUCUCCAGGGCCUUCGCCAGCACCAGCAAGCCCACAGAACCAAAAAGGGAAUCUCUGCUCCCAGUGAGCAGCAGCUCCAAAGAGAAUGGAGUUUCUGUAGAGCAAGAUGAUCAGGACUUAUUUGCAGAUGCCACUGUGGAGCUGUCUCUAGACAGCACCCAAAACAACCAGAAGAAGGAACCGGCCAAAGCAUCCAACCCUGCCCCGCCGUUGGACGUAGCCGUGAGCUCCUCUUCUAGAAACCCUCCGAAGAGCUAUGAGGAGUUGGAAGAGGAGGAACAGGAGGACAAAUUUGAGCUGACAGUAGGAGUGAGUGACCCGGAGAAAGUUGGCGACGGCAUGAACGCAUACGUAGCCUACAAAGUAUCAACGCAGACGAGCCUCCCGAUGUUCAGGAGCAAGCACUUCUCGGUGAAAAGGAGGUUCAGCGACUUCCUGGGCCUGUAUGAGAAGCUGUCGGAGAAGCACGCCCAGAACGGCUUCAUCGUUCCUCCCCCACCUGAGAAGAGCCUCAUAGGAAUGACCAAAGUGAAAGUUGGGAAAGAAGACUCCUCCUCUGCAGAGUUCCUAGAAAAAAGACGGGCUGCUCUAGAGAGGUACCUUCGGAGAGUUGUCAGCCAUCCAACAAUGCUGCAGGACCCGGAUGUCAGGGAGUUCUUGGAAAAAGAGGAGCUGCCAAGAGCUGUAGGCACCCAGGCCCUGAGUGGAGCGGGAAUACUGAAGAUGUUCAAUAAAGCCACUGAUGCUGUCAGUAAAAUGACUAUCAAGAUGAAUGAAUCGGACAUAUGGUUCGAGGAGAAGCUGCAGGAGGUGGAGUGUGAGGAGCAGCGGCUCCGCAAGCUGCACGCCGUCGUGGAGAUGCUGGUGAACCACAGGAAAGAGCUAGCGUUGAACACAGCGCAGUUUGCAAAGAGUCUGGCCAUGCUGGGGAGCUCGGAGGACAACACGGCCCUGUCCCGGGCUCUGUCCCAGCUGGCUGAGGUGGAAGAGAAGAUUGAGCAGCUGCACCAGGAGCAGGCGAACAGUGAUUUCUUCCUCCUGGCCGAGCUCCUGGGAGACUACAUCCGCCUGCUGGCAGUUGUGAGGGGAGCCUUUGACCAGCGCAUGAAGACCUGGCAGAGGUGGCAGGAUGCCCAGAACAUGCUGCAGAAGAAGAGGGAGAUGGAGGCCAGGCUGCUGUGGGCCAACAAGCCCGACAAGCUUCAGCAGGCCAAGGAGGAGAUCUCGGAGUGGGAGUCUCGUGUGACACAGUACGAAAGGGACUUUGAGCGGAUUUCUGCUGUGAUCCGCAAGGAAGUGAUACGGUUUGAGAAAGAGAAAUCAAAGGACUUCAGAAACCACGUGACUAAAUACCUUGACACGCUACUGAACUCUCAGCAACAGCUGGUGAAGUACUGGGAAGCCUUCUUGCCCGAAGCCAAGGCAAUUUCUUAAUGGGACCAAGCAGACGAGAGUACCUGAACUUUGCCUUUUUAUACACUAUACCUCUGUCUUUUACACACGAACGACUCGUAGUUAAACACUCUGGAGCGAGUAGAGGUUUAACCCCCAAGCAAGCAGCUUACAAGCCAGUAACUCUUCUAACUGUAUAUUUUUCAUUUAGCUACAUAUAUUUUCUUACUGAAGAGAAACUAGUUUCCUGCUUCAAGACCAGCCCUGCAGUAGGUGAAGAGUGACAGAGGGGUUAAUAACACAUGUAAAUGUGUAUUUUUCAGCCUGGGUUUUAGGGCUCUAAUGACUAUCUUACUCCUGCGGUGCCAUUAAGAUUAUGUAAUAAAACUUGUAUCAGGGCAAACA